UAGACGCUUUCCUCCCGCUUAGGAAGCUUCGAGCGCGUUGUGAUGCUUCCCCAUGGCAUGCGAGGGUUGUUUGUUUCAAUUGGGUAGUGUUGUUUGUUAUCAGUGAAAAGUGGAAAAAUGUGAAAAUUGUGCAAGUCCUUGUUUUCCUCCGCUUUGUUCGGAAAGUAUGUGGAAGACCCUCUGAGGCACCCUUGAGGGUCCCGGCAGAAGUGAUCCUAAUAGAUUGCCAGUGGGGGCGAAUCGGAAAAUGAAAGACAACUUGUUGCACGUUGGCAAGAAUUUGUUGUUCUCAUACAGUUCUGUGUUGUUUGUUGAACGAGAGUGUUGUCCCAAAUGCUGGGAAUUUGCAUUAAAAAGUGAAAGUUGAGAUUUAAUUUUGUGGAAACUCGAGAGUUUGUGAAAGUUAUAAUGGCAGUGCUACUAUUACGGAUUCGUUAGGACUUUAUUCUUCUGGAGAAAAGUGGAUAUUUAUACGGAUUUAAUCUUUCUAAUUGGUUGGGCAGAAUCGGCUGUUAGAACUAGCAAUCCGUACAUAGUAUGUGUGAAGAACCAGGACUAAGUGGUCUUGAUUGGAAGACGUUCCUUGCAAUUUCACUCGGGUGGAAGGAGGCUCAAGGACGGCAGCGCACUACGUUUGAUAGUGCUACAAAGGCGCGCCAAUGGAGUACAACAAAACGAAUCUAAGGAUAAACUCGUUUGUUGAUAUUAUCAAUUCAGCUCUCGGCAAAUAGCUUUAUCACGCGAGUUGAUUGGAUUCCUCCGAUAAGAACUAAAAGCGGACUACCCUUCACUGUGAAUCAGCAUGAAGUGGGGAGGCGAAAGUUUCGGUUCGGUAAUAAAUUGGAGAUAAUGAAAUUGUGUUGCGUUCAACAUGGAAAAAAGCGGAACAUCCCGGAAACCUAAAGACGAAUGUGAUUCUCUAGGCUCGAAACGAGUCUUCAAAAAGACGUCAGCCAAUUCGGUGCUCACCCUCUACCUGGGAAGCCGCGAUCUUAUCUGCCAGCACGGCGUCGUAGAACCAUUGCGCGGUGUCAUCUUCAUCGAUCCAAAAUUUAUGUGUAGUCAAAAAGUUUAUGGACAAUUAACGCUUACUUUCAGGUACGGGCGCGAAGACGAGGAGGUGAUGGGGCUUAAAUUCUGUAAUGAAGCUGUAAUUGCGUUGAAACAAAUCUGGCCUAAAGUCAAUUAUGAUGAGGAACUCAUAACUCCCCUUCAGCAAGCGUUAUUGGAACGUCUGGGCCAUGGAUCUCAUCCCUUCACAUUAGAGAUAGGAAUGUUAGCGCCACCCAGCGUGCAACUCGUCCCCGCGAAGAAGUAUAAUGGGGCCCCGAUUGGUACCAGCUACGACGUUCGCGUAUAUAUGAACGAUCUAAACGACGAGAAGUUCCAGCGACGAACGACGGUCAAAUUAGGUAUUCGUCUCAUGCACAAAAUCUCGUCGGAUUUGAAAGCGAUUCAAGAAACUAAUCCGAUAUUCACGUCAAUUCCAAAAACCAUACGACUGCGACUGUCACCCAAACAAAUUAAAUUCCACUAUCUCUACAAGAACCACCAUCAGACGACGAAGAGUUCCAGUGAUACCACCAGCUGCACGGACAAUGGGGUAGGUGGUAGCAGCGAGACAGCAACUAUCGGGUAUAAGGACGAAGGAAGCAAUCAUCUACCACAUAAUCCAGCCAUGCCAGUAGCGACUAAGCCUCGACCGACAUCCAUCACACCGGAUUUCGCGUCUCUGAGGACGACGCAGGAAACAACACAACCGAACGAUAUUAGCGGAUCAUCGUCCACCAUAGGGACCUCGCGCUCCCUGCCGUCCAGCUUGAAGGGCCCCGAAGGAUGUGUAAAUAAACCGUUUUUAUGGACAGAAGGACGUGUUAGCCUGAAAGCAUCACUUAAUAAAUCUGCGUAUAGACAUGGAGAACCAAUUUCAGUGACGGUGGAUAUAAGGAAUAAUAGUAGGAAAUUGAUACGUAAAAUGAGGAUAUACGCUGUACAACAUGUAGACGUUUGCAUGUUUAGUAAUGGUAAAUUCAAGAACGUUGUAGCUGAAAUUAAUGAGACUCGUCAGAUUAAAUCCAAUGAGAUUUUCAUUCACACAUAUGACAUUCUUCCCGCAAAAGGUCCCACAAAAAACUGGAUCGCCGUCGAGAGUUUGUUUACCAAUAACAUGUCAAUUGACUCGUCUUCGGAUUCUGCUAACAAUUACAAGAUAGCAUCAAGCGCCCAUCGCAUCCCCCAAACAGGCGAGGAGCGUAACGUCUUUGCGAUUUACGUAGCAUACUAUGUGAAAGUCAAGUUAACAUUGAGCGGCAUGGGUGGCGAGGUAUCCCUGAAAUUACCAUUUAUAUUAGGUCAUGUGGAUGACGACGAUGCUAUUGAUGCGGCCGAAUCCUCCGAUUGCCAUAAAGACAAAAUUGGAAACGGCAAAUCCACAAAAUUUCAAAAUCCAUCGUCAACGGACACAACAACAGCUAUCAGCACUACGACAUCGGCUACCCAUCACAAGGACAUUAUCGAAGAAGAACUACACGAAGAGGCCGAUUCAAUAUCUCUCCUUAAUGAAGACCAGGACAGCAAGAAGCAGGAGGAGCUCAAGGAAGAAAAAUUCAAACAAGAAAGGAAUUUAUUGCAUCGAUAUAAACUGAAACGGGAAAGUUAUAGUCGAUCCUGUGAGGAUAUCGAAAGUUUAUCGAAAAAUGAUGAAUGCACUGUUAGCGCCGUAAAAGCUCUAGUUCAUAGACAGGCGAGCGAUAGUAAUGAUUAAGGCUGGCGUUGAAAAAUAAGGACACGAAAAUAUUUGAGGUAUACAGGCUGCAAUCGUUGCCAGGAAAAUGGCAGGAAAGGGAAUCUCAUUUUAUACACGUGUGAAAUGGAAGGGAAUAAUUUAAUGUUAGGAGAUCCAUAAAUUAUAAUACUACUCGAUCAAUGUUUAGUGCCUAAUAAAUCAACUGAGUCCGCUUCCCCCGUUUCAUUCGUAUACCCCCAGAGGAAACACUGAACCUUUGGCUAGAGAAAGUUAACCUUGCAUUCAUCACAAUAAAAAUUGUACUCAUGUUUAUGAAGCCUUACCCUGGACGAAGGAGAGGAGUUUUGACCAAGACCAUCUAUUGCUUGUAUGGAAUUUAUAUGUACUUCCAGUAAUUCGCUAGCGCGAACAUAACACCCUUCACUUGCAUGUAAAACAUUUGUCAAUGGGUUCCAACACGUUUGGUACUCAAUAUUUUCGUGGCAUGUACUGUAAGUUUACGAUAAAUUUAAGUUAGCUACGAAGCGCUUUGUAUUAUACAAAAAAG